GCUACAGUACCACUAGUGGUGGAAUCCCCUAGUACUCACACUGCGCGCCACCAAAUAAUGUUGCGCCAAAGGCGCCACUACCUCUUACGGCGCGCUCCACCUCCCUAGGAUUCCACCCAUAUACCCAGACCUUGACUACCACCGACUACCAGUGCUACUGGACACUCUCGCAACAAGGGGUGGUAACACAAUGUCUAAGACCUGGCCUUACUCCAGCCUCACCCAGGCACCCACCAACCUGAAGGAGGCCAUUGACUGGGUCCUGAGGGUAACUGGUAGGGAUGGUAAAGAGAACAAAGCGGCGGCAAAGCCGGCGCCAGCAGGCACGGACUCUUCACCCCACUGCCUGUGCUACCUGGCCAAGGCAGUGAAGGACCUACUGUAUGACGCCAAGGACCCGGGGUCCCCUGGUCCCAGCCCUGACAGGUACUGGGACGACCUGCUCCUAGACCAGGAGAAGACAUUAGUGCUACCAGUGCUCACUGACCUGGGACUACUGAGUACUGGGAGCACUAGUGCUGUCAGUACUACCACUACUUGUGCUGGUGGUACCGAGGUCAUAAAGGCGCUGAUAGACCAGCUGGCACAGGGACUACAGAAGUGGGUUGGGUGGCAGGAAAAAGGAGAUGAUUGUUGUCUGAAGGGGACAGAUGGGAUAGGAAAGAAGUGUGAUUGUCCUAGUGGUGUUGGUGCUAGCGGGUGUUGUAGUACUAGUAGUGGUACUCCUUGUCAUCAGUGUAGCCAGUGUGGUACCAGUGAGGCUGGCAACAAAUGCUACCUCUCGGCCUACUGCAAAAAGAAUGGUGUCGCCCUUAGCCCCCCUGAAGGAGAAUACUACUGGCCCACCAUAUCCAGUGACCCCUCUAAGGUCCACCUCCUGGCCCGUAUUUUCCUAGGGUCGGUAUGUCUCAUCUGGAGUGGACUCAGUCAGUUGGGGUUCCUAACAGGAAAUGGAAGUAGUAGGUGGAAGGAUAGUAAGCUACAUGAGGUGGACAAGGGUCUCGGGUCAUUCAUGGCGGCCAUGGGCUACGACCUGGAGAGGUUGAAUGGGAGUGGUGGUAGUGGGAAGAAGGGAGCAGAUGUAUGGAAAUUACUAUCGGGAACGGAGCCUAGUGGUGCCAAAGGUAUCCAAUGGAAAGAAUUCGCAUCCGUGAAAGGUGCUUCUCAGGGUAGUGUAGCUGAGUACUACAGCAGUAUCUAUAGUGGAGCAAAAACUGCCCUUACAGGGAAGAAUACUGAAGAAAUUUGUACAAAGUAUCCCCUAUUGGUACUACACAUCCUGGCCAGUGGGUACUUCAGGGCAGGUAGUGCCGGGGCCAAUAAGGUAACUGUGACGGCUUCGCCGGCCACUGAAAAGAAAGAAACACCCUCUCCUAGGAAACCUAGGACUAUCCGUGAGAUUCUAUACUGGCUCAGUGCAUUGCCCUAUAGUAAGGGAUACAAGGCACUGGUAGAGAGGAUGGGACAGAAAUUCCCGGAGGGUGGGAAAUACUCACUGGAAGGAACUAAAUCUGGCGGCAAGACAGAUCUCCACAAGGACAACAUUACCCACUACCUACUGGCCGCCUGUGGCUACUGCCCACUGGUACUCAUCGGUAUCCAGGGGACCAUAGAAAGGGAAGUGAAGCAGACAACACAAGGUAGUGCUCCAGCUGCUGCGGAGAAGAAUAAGUGUCCACAUCAUAAGAAAAACCGUCAUAAGAGAUGCGACCCUAAAGAUAUAAAGGAACAAGAAGCAGCUGCACAGGCACAGUCUCCCCAGCAACCGGGAGCUUCCACCGGAAAACCCCUCGGAAAAGGUGAAGUCUGCUAUGGCGGGUACCACCUGGAAGUCUCCAAGUUUGGCCCCCUCCAUGGGAUGUAUGCCAAUGGGCUCUUUGGCUUCCAGAUGGACCUUUCGGCCGCCCAGUGCCUGGACCAACUGAGGGUAUAUGUCUACCACUGCUUCUACCAGCUCUAUUUCCUAAGGAAGCAGUGCACAGUGGGAGUGGAUAAAGGAACAGCAUUGGGCUGGCAGAGUUGUAGGUAUGGUAGUGGAGUCUAUUGGGGUAGUGGAUAUAGUCCGAGUAACUUGUGGAAGUGUAAGACAGAUGCAGGUGGAGCUGGUGCUGGAGAGCAUACGAAGAAAUGUGGAUUACAGGAUGGUGCCAGUGGGAAAGAAAUAUCUCCUCUAAUGUGCUUUUUGUGUGACGGACUAGGUAAAAUUGCAUGUCCAAGAACGGUAGCCAGAAGUCUGGAGAGAUAUCCUCCCAUCGAAGAGCACAUGAAUACCAAGUAUGAUUUCCCUCCGGGUCAUUUGGAGAAGCCACAUGGACACUGCCCAGUUCCCAUGGGUUGGCAACAAGGUGGUGGUAGGGCUAGCAGUGACACAGAAAACCACUUCAAAGAUUUAACCCAGGGUACCCAUAAGACAGAGCAACUUACAGGAGCUCAAGCAGCAGGUAGUGGUGCCGCUGGCACUUACCCUGCCCACUGCACUGGGAAUACACUGUCACUACUCCUGGAGUACCACUGUGACCCAGAGAAGUGCCAUGGCACCCUAGUGGUACUACUGAGACUACUGGCCUGUAUUACUCCCACGGUGCCACGGACCCUGGGUGACCUCUUUGGGUUCUAUUACUAUAUAGUCUACAUUGGGGGAAACCAGGGUGGUGGUGCUGGAGAGCAGGAAGUUAACAAGGCCCUAGGGAUAUACGAGCAGGAAUCUAAAUUGCACAUGAUGUCUAUUGGUGGUGAUGCAGUGGUAACAGCCCUCGAGACAUACGGUGGAGAUUGCAAGACAGGCAAGGAAGGUCACCUAAAGUGCCUAUAUAAAUGCACUAACGGUGGCAAUACCAAACAGUGCUCUCCAUACUUAUGUCCCCUCAGUGGCCAGCAGUAUGGCCAGUUGAGUCCAGCGAUGGCCGGGACCUACCUGUCAUGGUUGGUCUAUUUGAUAGAGGGGUUCAGGACAGGACUGGAGGGGUUGAAAGGGGAGUUCCAGCAGAUUAGUUGUAAGGAUUCAGAGUGCCACAGAGGUGCCGGAGGAGUUGGUGGUGGCUGUGAUAGCAGCUGCACUAGAGGAACCCAUGGAGAGACGUGCAGUGGUGGUACUAAUCAGGGAGUCUGUGGAUGUACCUCUGUCGUAUCAUGUACCGGGGUACUGCCGGUGUUGUACAAGUAUGGCUUUGGGUAUGGUGAUGUCAGUACGCUGCACCCUAGUGUAGGUACACAUAAGAAGUGCCACGACUUCUUAACGACACUGGGUAAUGUAGAAAAAAGCACCGAGUUCACGAAGCUCACCACCUCCAUUAACCAGCUCAUCUACACCACCAGGCUCCCCUGGAUCUUUGUCCUGACGUUAGCCUGGCUAGUAGCGGUGCUCUACCUAGCAUUUGGUGCCAUAUGGCCACUGGACUGGACACAUAUGAGGUCACAUUGUAGGGGAUGGUUCAGGAAGGGUAGUCUGAGUCCAUGGGAAGUACUGAUGGUGGGAAAGAAGAAGGGGAGGGGUAUAUUGGAGUUCUUUGGUACACAUAAGAAGUGCCACGAGUUCCUGGGAACACUAGACAAGGUACUAACAGGGGAUCACCUCAAGAAUGGCUCCAAAAAAGGCCUGCACUAUGAAAUCAACCAACUCAUCUACACCACCAGGCUCCCCUGGAUAUUUGUACUGACCAUAGCCUGGCUAGUAGCGGUACUGUAUCUAGCCUUUGGAGCCAUAUGGCCACUGGACUGGACUCAUAUGAGGUCGCAUUGUAGAGGAUUGUUCAGGAAGGGUAGUCUGAGUCCAUGGGAGAUACUGAUGGUGGGAAAGAAGAAGGGAAGGGGGAUACUAGAGUUUUUUGGUCAGAAGAAGCAAUGUCACGAGUUCCUAAAGACACUGAACAAGGUCCUAUCAGGUGACCACCUCAAGAAUGGGUCCUCAUCAGGGCUCCACCACGAAAUCAACCAACUCAUCUACACCACCAGGCUCCCCUGGAUCUUUGUCCUCACGGUAGCGUGGCUAGUGGCAGUGCUCUAUCUAGCCGUUGGUGCCAUAUGGCCACUGGACUGGGCACAUAUGAGGUCACAUUGUAGAGGAUGGUUCAGGAAGGGUAGUCUGAGUCCAUGGGAAGUACUGAUGGUGGGUAAGAAGAAGGGAAGGGGUAUACUGGAGUUUUUUGGUAAGACAUAGUGGCAAAGUAGUGGCGCCUUCGGCGCGAUAACUAGGGAUAAUGUAGAUAUGUUCAUCAAAGGUUUCAUAGGAAAGUAGUAGCAAUGUUAG